AUUAAUGUUGCCAUGAGACAAGAGCAUUCCCUCUUCAGAUGGCCAUAGUCCUGACCCCAAGCAGCAAUCUUUUGCUUUAUUCCACAGACUUUUCUGUUUAUUUACCCAAGUGUUGCAGUGGCAGAGUCAGUGGCUUCAGUAACGGGAGAUGUUGUUGAAAGCAUGAUGUUCACUCCUCAGUCUUCAUUACCGCAGCCACUGAGUGGUAAUAUUAUGGAGCAGCUGACCUUUUUUAGCAUUCCCACGAAUGAGACGACACCACUUGUUAUGGUAACAAGUAUGGAAAAAUACCCUGAAAUGUACCCUUAUAUGAAUCAAAGUAGAGAAGAGACCUGGGCCCCAAGGACCUCCCUGGUUACAAGUGUUUCACAGGCAGAACUAGCUUUCAUGAGCAGCAUAAACUCUGCUUUGUUUUCAUCUAGUCUUCCAUUUGUAUCUUUUUCCACACAGCCAGAUGAUGUUACAACUAACCCCUUUCUUCCUAGCAACUUCAGUGAAACAUCAGAAUUCCCUGGAAGGUCAAUAAUACCAAGUCAUGGUGGCUACACUGAGUUCAUAAGUCCUUUGUCCUCAUUCACACCCUCUACACAAUGCACUUAUUGCAGUUUGGAUCCAUCCCAGCAAGUUCUCUUAACAAGUCUCAUAGAAAAAGAUAUGGGUUCAGGAGAUGAGGCUGAGACAUUGUCCUUUUCCAUCUUGCAAGAGAGUAGCAGCAUGACACUGAGUAGCAUAAUAGAUGAUUUCUCUGAAUUUGAGGAAACAUUUCAAGAGUUUGAUACCUCUUUCCCCUCAAGACCAAUGGUGUCACUGUCUUCCAGAUUCGUGGAAGUCUCUGAUGUGAACGUUAGCAUCUCAGCUUUAAUGGAUGUGGUCCCAAGUAGUGCUAUGUCUACAUCAGUAUACCAGUCCUUUGAGAAACCAUCUGUAGGAUUGCUGUUUGAUUCUGCUUCCUACAGCUUCAUCUCUUUUGCUGAAACUGAAGUGUUACCUUCUGGUACAACAGCAGCAUCUGACAUUACCAGAGUUUUCCUUGACUCAUCUUUCUCCAUCAUUUCAAAUACAGUCAUGUCAUCAGCUGCUAUUAGAAAUGAAAAUCUUUUUGAGUCUCAUGGUUUAGUCCCUUCAAUAGAGCCAUUAUUUUUUUCUGACCAGAAGUCUGCUAGUUUUUCAGAAGAUGAAUCUAGAAGUACUUUGAAUUUUGCAUAUAAUAUUUUCUCAACUCCUCUUUUGAAUUUCACUGGCCUGGUACCUUUGUCUUCUGAUAUCACAACCUUGAAUUCUAUGAUGCCAAAUGAUUUGUCAACAUAUUUUUCUCAGGCCUUGUCACCCAUGGUUGAGGCAUUUAUACCAUCUGACUCUUUUAGUUUGCAUUCACCUCAGUUUUUGGCCAGCAGCACUACGGACCUUGAGUUUUCACAACUGUGGCAGAAUUCAGACCAUCAUUUAAAUACACACCCUGUUCCAUCCAUAAAUUAUUCUGAAACAGCACCAUCAUCAAGUUUCUCAUCUCAUCCCUUUAGAUUCUCUGAAGCAUCAUCAAUUUUACAGCCAGAUUUUGAAGUUUAUAAUACCUCAGUUUUCACAGAAACUACCUCCUACCUUGAGUUUUCACCUAUUUACCAUAAACCUGUAGUUCCCACACUAUUUGCCUCCAGUUUUGAGUCUCCUCCCAGUAUUUCAGUCAUUGGAACCCAGUUGCCAUCGAAGUUGACUGUUCUUGAGAUGACACCCUUUUUAACAGAGUCUUCAGUGAUAUUCUCAACACCUAACCCUUUAGAUGAGCACCCCAGUGCUACAGAUAAUUACAAAUUUGUCUCCUCGUUUUCCCAGAGCAUUCCUAGUACUGUAUUAUCAUCUAUGAUUGAUAUGUUCUUGUCACCAUCAUCUCUGUCUCCAGUGUCCUCAUCAGUAUCUGAGUUUAUCCUCUCAGAUUUAUUCACAGAGCCAUUGUUUGUGGGCUCAUCAUUUAUACCCACAGAGUCACCCAAGCCUUUAAACACUGUUUUCAGCAGAGAUAAUAUGAGUGCUGCUACUGUUGAUACUACCUUCAGCCACAAAACAAUGUAUCAGAGUCCAAAUGAGAGCAGCACACCUCCUGCCCUAUCAUCUACUCAUCCUGUGGACCCCAUCACUUAUCCUGUGGACACUGUCAUUCAUACUAUGGAUACUGUCACUCAUCCUCUGGACCCCAUCACUCAUUUUGGGACUACCACUGAAGCUCUGGUUGAAACUCCAGCCUUGAUAACUACCAAGCAGCCAUAUGUAUGUGAUAUCACAGUUCCUGAUCCCUACUUGAUCACAGCUGUGCUGGCCCGAAGAGCUGUGCAGGAAUACAUCAUCACAGCAAUCAAGGAGGUGCUGAGGGUUCACUUCGGCCGGGCAGUAGAACUGGAGGUUUAUGAAAUUUUCCCCGACUUCUCUUUUCUGGUUACUUCUGGUCCUUUCAUUUACACGGCAAUUGCGGUCAUAAAUGUUCUUAUAAAUAGCAACCUCGUCCGGGAUCAGGCUCCUUUGAUUCUAUCAGUGCAGCCUUCCUUCACUGUGCCAGAUUCCAGAUUCCAAGUUCAAACAGUCCUUCAGUUUGUGCCUCAGAGUGUGGACACUGGCUUCUGCAAUUUCACCCAGCGCCUUGAGAAAGGCCUUGUGACAGCAUUCACUGAAGUAAGAAAACACCAGGGGACAUAUAACUUCACAGUGCAGAUACUGAAUAUAACUCUGGGGACAUCAUGGACCACUCCUCGCCAGGGACCAGUGAAUAUUAUCUUUGCUGUUAAAAGCAAGAAAGGGUUCUUGAAUGGAUCAGAAGUCAGUGAGGUUCUCAGGAACUUGAGUAUGGUGGAAUUCAGUUUCUAUUUAGGAUAUCCUGUGCUGCAGAUUGCUGAACCCUUCCAAUAUCCACAACUCAAUUUAUCUCAGCUGAUGAAGUCAUCUUGGGUAAGAACAGUUCUCCUGGGUGUCUUCGAGAGGCAACUACAGAAUGAGGUAUUUCAAGCCGAAAUGGAACGGAAGCUAGCCCGGUUGCUCAGUGAAUCUUUAACCAGAAGGCGCGUAUGGAGACGAGCCACCUUUGCAGGAAACAAUGUGGUGCAGGUUGUUAAUGUCUCGCGGUUAGAAGGUGAUGACUAUCCAGUCCAGCUAAUUUAUUUUGUGGAAGAUCAAGAUGGAGAAAGGCUCAGUGCAGUGAAGUCUUCAGAUAUGAUCAACAGGAUAGAUAUCCAGAGGGCCGCCAUUAUCAUGGGCUACCGCAUCCAGGGUGUAAUUGCCCAGCCGGUAGAUUGGGUGAAAAGAUCACCUUCUGGGUCCCAAAGCAAUAACCUGUGGAUCAUUGUUGGCGUGGUGAUUCCAGUGAUUGUGGUGAUGACCAUCAUUGUCAUUCUCUAUUGGAAACUCUGCCGCACAGACAAACUGGACUUCCAGCCUGAUGCCGUGAGCAACAUUCAGCAGCGUCAAAAGCUUCAGAUCCCUAGCGUGAAGGGUUUCGAUUUUGCUAAGCAGCAUCUGGGGCAACACAAUAAAGAUGACAUAUUGAUUAUUCAUGAGCCAGCACCACUGCCAGGACCAGUGAAGGAUAACACUACUCCCUCCGAAAAUGGAGAUGUGCCGAGCCCCAAGUCAAAGAUCUCUUCAAAGAACAUCCGUCACAGAGGAAGAAUUUCUCCCUCAGAUGCUGACUCGACAGUAAGCGAAGAAUCCAGUGAGAGAGAAGAAGCUGGGGAAAAGCCAUCCAUCAUUGUCAAUGAGGGCAAAGCACGAAGAGUGACCCCCAGUGGACCACCGCUCACCAGUACUGGAAAUGAACAGCCUUCAUCAGCAUCAAUCUUUGAACAUGUGGAUAGGAUAUCUCGCACUUCAGAAGCUAGCAGACGGGUCCCCAGUAAGAUCCAGUUAAUUGCCAUGCAGCCAAUUACAACACCUCCAGUUCAGCACCCAGUACUAGCAGACAGAGUGGCAGAAACCAACAAAAUCAACAAAGAGAUUCAGACUGCCCUUCGGCAUAAAUCAGAGAUCGAACACCACCGAAACAAGAUUCGUCUCCGGGCCAAGCGAAGAGGACAUUAUGAUUUCCCGGUGGUUGAUGACCUGUCAGUUGGUGACACCAAAGAACGACAUCGGGUGUACCGCAGGGCUCAGAUGCAGAUUGACAAGAUCUUGGACCCUGCCGCCAGUGUCCCUACUGUGUUCAUAGAGCCAAGAAAGAGUUCCCGUGCAAAACGUUCUCCGAAGCCACGCCGGAAACACCAAAUCAACGGGAGCCCAGCUGAUGCUGAGAAGGAUAGAUUGAUCACAACAGACAGCGAUGGCACCUAUAAAAGGCCACCGGGAGUCAAUAAUUCUGCCUAUAUUUCAGAUCCCGACUUGCCUGCAGAGCCUCAGUCACCUUCCUCUGCUGACCUAGGGAAAUAUCCAGGCUUACCCUUCCCUGCUUCCCAGUAUAUCCCACCCAAACCAUCUAUUGAAGAAGCAAGACAGACAAUGCACUCCCUCUUGGAUGAUGCCUUUGCUCUGGUAGCUCCCAGUAGCCAAGCAGUUCAACCUUCUUCCGUUACUGCACCUGGGGUCGCAUCAGGCCUACAAGUCAACAGCACUUCUGCCCAAGAAGAGCGGCGAACCACCCAGUGGGGUUCCUUCUAUGGCCCAACUCAGACAACCAGCAAUCCAUGUAGUCGAUAUGAAGAUUAUGGGAUGACUCCUCCGUCAGCACCAGGUCCUCUGUCAAGACCCAGUUUUGGCCCUGGUUUGCUCCAGUCCUCAGAACUGAUACCACCUGAGUCACAGCAUACCCAGUCAUCAGCCGAGGCUGCAUUUGCCACCCGAGGGAUCUAUCCAGAAGAGAUACCAUCAGUGGCCCGGCCCCGACCUGUUGGAGGCACUUCAGGUUCGCAGAUGCAGCAUCUCACACAGGUGGGCAUUGCCAGCAGAAUCGGCGCACAACCAGUAGAGAUUCCAUCCAGCAGAACAGGCCAGUAUAGUGGGCCAGGAUGGCCCUCCUAUCAUGGGGAAGAUGAAUCUGGGCGGAGAGAUGCUACUCAUGGGCUUGGACACCAAGAGUAUUCUUCUUCACCAUUGUUUCAGGUGCCAAGGACUUCGGGUAGGGAGCCCUCUGCACCACCUACUCACCUCCCCCACAGGAGCCUGCAAGGGCCAGGGCUGUGCUACAACAACACCAGUUCUACAGAAGAUCUCCAACCAGGGCAUUCCUCCGCUUCUCUCAUCAAAGCCAUCCGAGAGGAGCUCCUUCGACUCUCCCAGAAACAGGCCACAGUGCAGAACUUCCAUAGCUGAUCCAUCCUUCCUUUGCUAAUUUGCCAAGUAUCUGCUUCCUAUGGAAGUAAGACUAAAAGGAAGCCAGCUGAGUUGUUGUUUUAUAAAAGGGGUGAACCUCUACUGUACAAGAGACCGGUGUGUGUGUCUAUGUGGGGUGGGGCGGGGCAGGAAGGCAAGUUUUAAAGACAGAAGAUGCCACAAGUGACCACUUUCCAGUUUGUAAACCUGUUUAAUAUGUUGGUCAUUUCAUGACCACUUGGAUCCAGCCAACUGCUACGUUUUAGGUCAAAAGCAAGACUCCACCAAAAAACAACAAACCAAGAGGAGAAUAUUCCCAAAUUAGACUGUUUAAGGGGAAAAUAUUAAAAUUUGUAGAAGGAUUAAGGGAUUAAAGGAAUCAAGCAUUUUUCAUUAUAUAAGGCUUUGUAGUUCAGAUAAGUAUGAUCAUGUUGCUGCUUUGGUUUUUUUUUGGGGGGGGGGGAAGAAUUCAAGGACAUUUUGUUAAAAGCUUGUUUAUUUUUUUCCCUUCUCCAUAGAAACUCAUUGUAAUAGUAGUACUAACAAUAAGAAUGAUAGGAUUGUCCAGAGAAGAGGGGGAAAAAGUGAAUGACUAAUAAGAAACCCAAAUGGGGAAGCUCUAAGUGCCGGAUGAUUCCAAACAAAGCUGUCCUCUGCAUGCCCUCCUCCUUGUAUUCUGGUGCUGCGGCUCUAAGUGUUCCUUGACCUUGCUUUGAAAUGAAAUCAUGGCCAUUUUUUUUUUUUUUGCGAGGAUCUAUAGAAGGAUGCAUUCUCUGUAGGAAAGGAAAACCUUCCUUUUUAAAAAAAGGCUUAAUAUUUAUUUGGUUAUUGAAAAUCUGUGUUGAUUUAAAUUCAUUUUUGUAUGUACUUUUUUUUUCCUGAAUCAGGUGUUUUCACUUAUCAACAGAAUCCCAUGUUAAUACCAUUCAUUGUAAAAUCCAUUUCUAUACGAUGAAGCAGAGUUUUUCUCAGUUGUCACCUCACCGUUGUCCUACACCUCACACUGUUGAUUUAGAAUUUACAAAUUUUUAAGAUUGGGCGUCAGAGGCCCUGGGUUGGAAUCCCUGCUUUGUCAGGAAUUACUCUUUUUGUGACUUAGAGCAAGUCACUUCAUGUGUCUUCAGGAUUCAUUUUCUUCCUCUUUACAGUAAGGGCUUGCACCAUUUGUGAUCUCUGAUGUUCUUUCUAGCUCUAAACCCUAUGGUCCUACCUAAGCAAGUUUUGGAUUUUUUGAAUUACAGUGAAACCCAGGCCCUCCCAAAUUGUUGUAGCUGAGUUUUGCUUCUUAGUUUGUUUUGUUUUGAUAGUAUUUUGUUGAAAUGGGUACGUUGCUAGAAUCGUGUUUCUAGUGUGACAGGACUGGGGAGAUGACCCAAGGUCAGCCAGACUUCUUCAUAGUAGGUUGGACAAGGAAAAGAGCUCCUUGGGACCCAGACAGUUUGACUUAUCUCCUGGCUUCUUUAUGUGUGUUGUUUUGGUUACAGAAAAAUUGAGUACAGCUUGUGGCUGAUACUUGAUCCUAAGGACAAGGAAUUUACAUCCCAAACAUUCCUGCUUUUUAAAGACACUGAAUGUUGUUAGGACCAUUAGGUAGCUUGCUGCAGUAGCACAGAUUCUUCCAGUUGAGCACAGUAAAUUUGAAAAACAAAAGGUAGUGUCCUCUAUGGCUUACUCAGAUGUUUGACUGUACAAAGGAGCAGAGUUACAAAUUCAAUUCAACAAAGUUUUAUUACUACUAUGUGUAAAACAGAUUUUUGAAGAUUAAAAAUUCAGGUCAGGGAGCAGCUAGGUGGCACAGUGGAUAGAGCACUGGCCCUGGCAUCAGGAGGACCUGAGUUCAAAUCCGGCCUCAGACACUUAACACUUACUAGCUGUGUGACCCUAGGCAAGUCACUUAACUCCAAUUGCCUCACCAAAAAAAAAAAAAAAAAUUCAGGUCAGUUUCUAAGAACAUUAGAAAAAUAAAAAUAGGUUCUCAUUAAAAGCUUACUUUUUCUUUUGUGAAUUAAUCACAAUUGGUCAGACUAGGGGUUCUUAAUGUAGGAUUCACAGACUCCUAUUUAAGUAGCACAGUGCCUGGAGUCAGGAAGAUCUGAGUUCAAAUCCGAUCUCAGACACUUACUAGUUAUAUGACCCUGGACAAGUCACUUAAUCUCUGUUUGCCUCAGUUCCUCAUUUGUAAAAUAAUAGCGCCUGACUUCCAGGGUUGUUGUGAAAUGAGAUAAAAAUUGUUAAGUGUUUAGCAUAGUGCCUGGCACAUAGUAGGUGCUUAAUAAAUGCUUAUUCCCUUGUCCCUUCCCUUAUUCCCAAAGGGUCUGUGGCUAGAUUUCAGAAGGUCCAUGAAUUUGAAUGGGAAAAAAAAAUACUUCUUUAUUUUCACCAACUGAAAUUUAGCAUUUCCUUCAAUUAUUUACAAGCAUCAUUCUGAGAAAGUGCCCAUAGGCUUGGCCAGAGUUAGAAGGUAUGGUUUUUAGCUAGUGGUGGCUGUCCUUUAAAACAAAGUUUACCUCUUACCCCGGGCCUUCAAGAAUUUCUAAGUGAUAAUUCUAAAAGGCCCAGUAAUCAUUUCAAAAUGCUUUUAAAAUUAAGGUUGCUUGAUUGAAGCAUUUGAAGUCAGAAAGAGUGAGGGGAGUUGAAGGGUAAGAGGCACUUAAUGGCAGCCAAGAGGGUGUAAACAGCUUAGAAAGCACUGCUUUCUGGAAAAGAAAAUUCAUUAGCAGGAGAAUUUGUUUUGUUGAAUUUACUGUUGAAUUUUACUAAGAGUAUUGCAACCCGGUGAUAGCAGAAGGGAGACAUGUCAACUUCCCCUUCCUCCCAGCUAUUGUUUGUGACAUGUGUAUUUGGUCAUCUGAACAAACAAUAGAAAAAUAAAUCAGAGCAUCUCAGACUGGGAGGAAACUUCAGUCACGGUUGGUCCAGUCCACACCUGAUCAAGAAUCUCUUCUACUUCCAGCUUCCACUUGAAGGUCUUCAGUGAAGGGGGAACCUACCACCUCACAAAGCAGCCCAUUUUCCUUGUGGAUAGCUCUUAUUGUUAAGGAGUUUUCAUUACAUGAAGCCAAAGUUAACCUAUUUACAACUUCACUUAUUGCUUAUGGUUGUACUCUUUGAGGCCAAAUAACACAAAUCUAAACUCUCUUUUCCAUGACAGCUUCUUACCUACUUGAGAACAGCCCUAAGCAUCCCUGGUUCUUGAGCUGACCCUCAAAAGGCAUAACCCUGAAGUCCUUCCCCAUCCUCCUUGUCCUCCUCUAGUCAUCUGUCUCUGCUGUACACUUCAGAAGUAGGCUUCCAUAAAGAAAUGCAGCAUAGCAAUUGAAUGGCCUUCAUUUUUGUCAAAACGAUAUUCUUUCUCUGCAUCCAGUCUUGAAACUGUCAUUUAAAAAAAAAUUCAAGACCAAAGAAACUAUUCAAGUCUAUUUGUGAACUGAUACAGUAAGCCUGUCAGAUAGGCAGUUGCCUUUUGUAGUUUCCUAGCUGUUAUAACAUGAAACCAGCUUGCAUUCAUUUCCACUAAAAUCCCUUCAGCAAUAAAGUGUCUCGUGGGUCACCAAAAUUAAAGCAAAGACACUGGAAGAUACAGAGCUAUCACUGACUAAAACGAAGGGCCAGAAAGCAUGCACAAUGCUCUCCUCUUGCUCACUUGUUGCUUUCAAAGAAGGCACUUCAUGCUUAUAGUAGUUAACUUAGGGCUUUGAGAUCCUAUUUUUCUCUUUUUUGGCUCUAAGAUUAAAGUGAAAGAGUCAGCUAGGUGUCAUAGUGGAGAAAGCACUGGCCCUAGAUUCAGGAGAACCUGAGUUCAAAUCCAGCCUCAGACACUUGAUACUUACUAGCUGUGUGACCCUGGGCAAGUCACUUAACCCUCAUUGUCCCACCAAAAAAAAAAAAAAGAAUUAAAAUGAAUAGGAUACUCCGAUACCUAUUUACCUAUUUAACAUUUUAAAAUAUCAAAUUGUAUUAUCAGUGACCUGGUGAUACAGACUGUCAAUUUGGAGGGAAAGUUGGGAGGAAUUUCUUUUGGGGAAAUGAUUAUCUCUCCCUCUCCCCAGAUACUCAACAUUGCAACAGGAGUCAAGACAACUGGUUCUAGUGCUGGCUGUGUCACCUUGCAUUGUGACCCUGGGCAACUCCCUUCUAAUCUCUGAACCUCAAUAUUCUCAUCAGUCAAACAGCUUAUAAAGUGUUUGAAAGGGCUCUGGAAAAGUAUGAAGUGUUAUUCAAAUACCAGGAAGUAUUGCACAAGAAUGGAUAAUCAGGUGAAUGAACCCACUUGAUUGUAAGUUCAAGUAUAUUCGAUAAUUUUCUCUUCUCUUAAUCUGCUUUAAUAUCACUUCAUUUGCCCUCUUCCUAAUGAAGAAGUAUUUGUUAAACAUCUCUCUGCACAUGAUACAGACUACGUUAAUAUGGCAGAUCAAAAGAUGGGGAAUACAACUAAAUAAUAAUUAUUAAAAUAUAAGCACCAAGUGGCAUACCAAAAUCAUUUACAAAUAGGAUGAAGUACACAUUGUUAGGCAGUGAUUAAUGAGAAAGCUAAGAUAUUGACAUUUCUGGUUGGGUCCAUGGGGAGAUGGCUAUAUAUCCCUCUAGCUAGAAACAGAAAGCAUCACAGAAGAGAGAUUUCAUAAGUAGCUUACAAGAUGGUGGGAACAGGUUAGCAAAUUAAUGCAGAGAGUAGAUAAAGGAGAUGAGGGGAUUGCCAAAAAUGAGAUGAAGUGAGAUUCGGUUUUGAUAAAGGUUGAACAACUUGGUCCCAAAAUAGAGUGGAAAAACAUGGAAGGUGGCAUUGUUAAGAGUGAAAAAGACAAGGUGGGGAACAAUAUUAAGGAUCAGUAGGAGAGAGGAGACCCUAGAGAUGGAAAUCUUUUUUUCAAAGAAGGUUGUAGUAUUUCAGGCAAGAAAUAAUCCCAGGUGCAACCAAGGUAGUGACUGUAGAUCCAUCAAGAAAGGAGCCAGACUCUUGAUAUGGUAUGAAGGCAAAAGCAACUGACAGCAGAGUACGUGUCAGGUGUGAAGACAGUAGGGUGAACAUAACAGGUUUAUUGUUUAGAGGUCAGUGAUCUGAUGGGUUGAUCCAAGGUGAUGGAAAAACAAGACACAGGACAAGUAUUGCAAAAGGAAAAUAACAACCCUUUGCUUUCUACAGUCAAUGUUACCUUAGAAUUCAGUCAUGAAGGAGAAAAAAAAACCAAACCUAGCAUGUAAAUUGAAUGCAUAAAUGACUAUGGGGGCCGCAGAAAGAAGGGAAUGUGCUUUCUCAAUGUUCAUCUAUGGUACAAGUACGUAAAGCCUUCUUUGUUUUGUUCUGUUCAAUUUAUAUUGAAACUCACUGUGUUUUGAUUUUAGUGCAUGUGGUACUGAAAAGCAGAGGGGGAGGCUUCCCUGCCCACCCGUAUCUAUCCAUCUGUGUGAGACAAAUGGUGCAAAGCACAGAUGAUGGAGCCUCCUACCUGAGACCAGUCUGAGUAAAAUGGAUUCUGUUCUUUUUUUUUUUUUUUUAAGCUUUCUGGUUUCCCAUUUACAGAUAAGUUGCUGAGCCACUGGAGUGAUUGCUCCAGGGAUCAUCACGCUAUUAACUUUCAUGCCAAUUUGCAUUUGCAAAUUUACAAGUUACUCAUUACAUGUCAAAGAGCAAAGAAAUUAACCUCACCUCAUGGGAGCCCUUUCCUUCCAGCAGCCCUACCAGCUCAGGUUGGGGCAUCCUAGCUUGUUAGAAACUUCACUGGGAUUUGUCUAAGGAUACUCAUACUUCACUGUAGCAUUGACAUUAGUUGGUUUGGGUUUGGGUUUUGUUUAUUUUUUUUAAGGUUUACCCUCUUUAUUACUACCUCCAGGACAGUUCUCAAAGGCCAUUCUUUUGUUCAUAUUUGUCCAAAGAAAGACAAAUCAGGUAUCAUAUUUGAAUCACAGAUUUGAAGCAAGGAGGAACUUCAGAGGUCAUCUUUUCCUGUAGACUUUCAAUGUGAACAGUUUUUUCAUAAUAAAAAAACAUUUAAUUUUAUAAUUUCAAACUCAGAAUAGUGAAUUGAAACAUACUUUAAAAUUUUCAACUACUGUUAAAUAUGGAAUAAUUGUAAAGGUGAGAUUGUGAAGUUGUACAGUACCUACACCUGGAAUUUAUAAAGAGCUUUCCAAUCAGUACUUAAAACAUGAUUAAUUCAAAGAGUAUAUACUGUUUAUUUUCUCCUUUUUGUUCUGACAGUGACCUUUUUUUGGUGGUGGAGGGGGGAAGGUGAUGUUUAAACAAAGACUCAUACAUUCCUUGCUAAAUCCUACAGGAAAAUCCUGACUCUAUGUUUACAUCUGCUAAUGUGUACCAUAUCACAGAUUCACCUGAUAGCAUUACACUAAAGGAAAUGGGAAUUAAACCCUAAAUGCAGUAGCCAUGGAUGAGCAGGCUUUGGUAAAAACAGUGGAAAAACCAAAUGUCUUAACCUGAUGCACAUUCAACCAGCUCAAGGAUUUUUUAGAAGGUGGAUAAUCCAAACUGGGGAUUACUCGGACCCUUUGCUUUUCCAUCUCUCCUGGUUUGCCUGGUUUGGGAGCCUUUCCAUCAAUCUCUGGCACCUUUACCCAAACAUAAGCAAGUGGAAGGAAAAGAGAUGACAGUGGAAUACCUUCAUUUUGGAGUCUCACAUUAGUCAAAACGUCACCACGGAGAACUGUUUGAACUGUUUGUUCACUUUUUCGGACAGUUUAGAACAAUGAGAACAGUCUUUUCUCAUGCCCACCAAACAGCUGGUAUGCAUUACUGGGAUUUGCCUCCUAUCUCUAACAGGCAGGAAAACUGAAAUGUCAAAUUCAAGUCUGGCUUCCAGGAUAGCACUUUCGUCUCACAGGUGUGGCUAGCUAAAGCCUUGUGGAACACAGGAGAAGCUAAAGGUCAGCUAAAAUGAUUGCUUCAGAGCACUGGGGAUUUGCUCUAGGUGAUAAUCAAGGGUACCUCUGAUUUUCCUUUCCCAGGUGGAGAUGAGCUCAAGCAUGCAUGGAGCAGAUUGUGAAAAGGGUGGUUCUGCUUUAAAUGCUUUUAGUUAAGCUGUUUUGGGUUCUGUCAUUUCUCUCCCUGGGUAUUCAAGGACCUUUCUCCUGAUUUUUCCUGUCCCCUACCCCUAGGUUAUAACUGUUUGUGUGUGUGUGUGUGUGUGUGUGUGUGUGUGUAAAUGCACAGAAAGCCCAACAUCCACACGGCAACUUGAACUAGACACCAUGAUUUUCCUGCCUUUUCUAGGGAAGGGGCUUUUAAGUCUCAGUUCCGCAUACAUGGUUGAGAAAUUGAACUUUCCCCUUCUGUUAGUCAUUUAUGUUUUUAUCCUUUGGUAGCUGCAGUUUUCUCAUUGCUGUAGUUUUUUGAAAUAAUUUAUGCAAGUGUUUGGUUUCCAUGUUUACAAUUUAUACAGCUUUCCUAGCAGUUUAAAUGGAAAUGUCAAUAAAUACUAAGAA